UCAGUCUUGUUCUAAUGCACUGACAGCUCUAUUAUAACUUGAGAUCUGCGUAGUUAAGACCAAACUUUGUGCGACUCUCCCAUCAAUGCAUGGUUUUAAUAAUGCAGUUAGGAUUUGUCCUUCUCUCUGCUGUAAGUUUUGUCAGCCUUCUAAUAUCAUGUAGGCCUACCUGAUGUUCUGACAAAAGUUACAUCUACAAUGGUAAGUGGAGCUACUAUAUACACAAUGUACUUCAUUGCUGAUCAGGUAACACUAACCAAUAAACAUUUUCGGUCUCAGUAUUUUGCUAAUGGAGUGCUAGAUGGUUUUCAUGUUAUUUCCAGUUGACUAUUUAGAAAUGUUUUGCUUUAAUAGCAUAUGCAACACAUCACAUUGACUGCCUUGGCAGCCUUUCAGCUCUCCUAUUUUAAAUAAACCACUUUCUCUGACUGCAUUCUUAGAACUCUCCUAAAAUCCAUAUUUUCACUGAAAUUGCUAUAUGUUGUCCAGAUUGAAUAGCUGCGGUGAUGAGUGUUUUCCUUGCUUGCUAUCCAACUGAACUUAAGUGGUUGAGUUAUUCCCAGUUGCUUAUGGUGGUUUGGGGAUUAGUGAUCAGAUGGUGGUAUGGUUUAACUGAUCUGUACACCAGAUCAUGUCUCCAAUCUAUACUGGCUGCAAUUAGCCUAGUAUUCUGAGUUUCAUCUUUGUUCCUCUUGAUUGUCUUUAAAGAUGGAAUCCGCAGUAGGAGAAAUGGUGCCACUCCGCCUCACAGCCGUAGUUAUUAUUUUGUUGACGAAGCGGUGAGGCGUAGUUAAAAAAACACUGUACAUAUUCUGCUGUUCUAUUGCGCAUGCAAUGAUGUCUGGGGGGGGGUGUUUGCAGUAACUUAUUUGUUGUAAUAUUGCAAAUGGAUGUUGCAGUUUCACCAUUAAGAAUUCCAGCUUUAAGGCUCUUAAAAGCCUUGACAAACAUGAGCGUGGAUCACCAUCGUGAAUUCCAUCUGGCGCGUGAUGGACCUGUUUGGCCACUGUGCUGAUUGGUCUGCAGUGUGGAAUCUAGGUGUGUCUGAGACUGGGUGAUAUAGUGCAGAACAGGUUGGGAGGGAUGACGUGAGCUAACACUGGGUGACUAAGUACAUUGGGACUGUCUGCUGGUGCAAACAAGGCUGUUUUUUUUUCUCACUCAUCUACUUCUGGAUUUAUUUUAAUGGCAGAUUAGUGGAGUCUCUGAAGCAGCCUGAAACCCCCGACAGACUCCCAUAGGCAGCAAACUCCCUCCCUGCGCUGAAUCCUUUCUCUCUAGCGUCCCCUCUGAGUCUCCUGAUAUGUUCUCCAACCUCCACUCCUCCCUUGCUCCCGCUAAGGUGCGGAGGAGCACCUCCAAGUAUCCCUACAGCAGCACUGAGAACCUGGCUGCCAUAGGAUCUUCCCCCAAUGGAUCUGAUAAGAAGCGGCGAAAUCCUCUGUCGCCCAGCCCAAUCGUACCGCAAAUCGAUGGAAACCCCAAUGCAGGCUUCAGAAUUGGCGAUCCUGUGCCAAUUAAGGCGGUUGAGAGCAAAAUACCUUCUCUACCUCUUCCUGACUACGAUAGCCUGUUCCCACAGAAGAGACAUGGAGUACAAGGGCAGACUCGAUGGGACCAUAUAAUUGCAGAGGUGAAUCAGAGACAGCAAGAAUAUGUGCCUCGGCUCAUUGGUAAAGAGAUGAGUGUGGAUGGCCCAGACCUCGACUCUCCAGGACCUCCACGUAAUGAUAAAUAUUCCUACUUGCAGGAGCGGGCAGCAGAGCACUUACACCAGCAACAGACACAAGUUCAAUCUACCUCUUUGAGGAGCGUAGGGCCCAGCAGUUUGCCAGCACUCACUCCCCCUUCCAAACCAGUAGCUGCAGUCCCCCUUAGACUAGUGGUAGACUCUAACACAAACCAAGACCAGAGCACUAUACAGGCUAAUCCAUCUGAGAGGCCCAAUGCCUUUGUCUCCAAAGUCUUGGUCUCUACAAGACCCAUGGUUCAGAGCAGAGACUUACCCUCCGUGACACCUCGGGAGGAUGCAAAGAAGGUGAUAAACACAUCUGUUGCUACAGCCAGUGAUGGCAAACCUGUUUUCUCAACAGAAAAACCUAGACCUACAUCACAAGUGGUUUCGGUGUCAAGUUCUACAGAUGAACCUAAAGGACUGCCAAACACUCCCAAAGAGAUCCCCGCAGCCAAACCCAGACAAAGGUUAGUCCGCAAAGAGCCAUUGAGACCUGCCGAUCAUGAGCAGACAUCAGCAGGGUCUACCACUGUAGAGCAGGAGAACAGAUUGGAGAGGAGAGCCUCAACCCUCGAUAUCAUGAGACGGAGUAGUCCAGUGACUGCAAAGAACACUGAGGUGACUGCUUACAAUGAAAAGCAACUCUUGUUUGACUCUGCAGAAAGCGACAUUGAUAAAAAAACACAGUUGGAACACAUGAAAGCGAAGUUUGCUGAACUUGACCCCUUCCCCAUUGCUGAUAUCCUGCCUAAAGACCCAUGGGCCCAACCAGAGCCAAGCCACACUGGCAAUUACUUGUUCACUGGAGAACCACAGAAAAACCGCAAGCUUAAAGAACAGGCAAUGACAACUGAUGACUUGGAUAAACUUUUCGCACCAAACAAUCCAACAGAUCCCUUUGCCAGUUUUAAUGAUGGUGACUCAGAUGAACCUCGAGAGCAGGAAAAAACAGAACACAGUCCUGCUUUUCAAAGGGGAUUUUCCCAAAUUAAAAAGAAACAAGGAGCACCCCAGCCUUCAGCUAAUUCAAGUAAUAAAGCAGCGAUUGGAAAAAUUGAGCUAGAUAAACAAGAUCCUUCACCCAGAGAAGACAAGCUGAUCAGCUCAGCCGCUACAACAGGAUGUGUAAAACUGGCACCUCAAAAUACUAGACAAAGUAAACUCUAUGGCAGAGAAGGGGUGGAAACUCAAGACAAGUGGGCAGCAGACCCUUUUACUUCCUCCUCCCCUGUACCUUCUGUCCUGACUUCUCCUGAGCCCCCCCAGUCCGUAGUGGGAGAGCCCACCUCACAGACCGGGGAAAAGACCCUACUACGGGCCUGGGUCUCACCCUCUGAGGUGCAGCCACUCACUGUGCUGAGUAGCAAUGGUGGUGGGCCAGCCUCAACUCCAUGCAGGCCUCACCCAGUGAAGCCCAUGAGCUCCAUAGAGAGCCAAGCUCCCAUUAGCACCCCGGUAGUUGGAGAGAUGUUGACUUAUGACCGCACCCUGGGGAAGAUGAAGGCGCCAGGCAUGGUGGAGAGUGGGCCCUACACCCAGCUGACCCAGGAGGAGUUGAUUACCCUAGUGGUGAAGCAGCAGACGGAGCUCUCCAAGAAAGACUCAAAGAUCGUUGAGCUGGAGGAGUACAUAGACAACCUGCUGGUGCGUGUAAUCGAGGAGAAUCCCAGCAUCCUGCUGGGCCUUAACUCUGUCAAGCAGGCCCUGUAAGGUAUGAGGAGUGGACCAGAGAACUGUAAGAUUGAGGGAGAUAUUUAGGCUUCCACUCCAACGUCCCCUGUAGUUUGUGUGCGUGUGGUUUUCUAUUGCUGUUACUGUGUAUUGGAUCGAGCAAUCUCUUAUUUCCUUUGAGCAUAUGCACUUUUUUGUCUCCAUGAGGAGUUGGACUAAGACAAUCUCGAGGUUUCUUUUCAGAAUGCUGAAUAGUUUUUGAAAAUUUUUUUUUUUCUAAAACUAUCAGUCGACGCUACAUCGCAUCAAAUUAUUUUAAAAAGGUUUUGAAAAUGAAUGGCUUGUUGUAACACUAUGGUACUGGAAUUUAUUUUUAUACUCAUUUACCAUAUGCGCACAUUUGUCAUUGCGUUGGUACUUUAUAUGCUAUAUAAACCAGUUGGCCCUUAUUAGGCAAAAUGGAACUGUAAGCUCUAGGUAUGUUGAUGUCCAUGUCACUGAAAUAUCUCUGGCUAGGCCUUUGCACAGUGGUUCCAUGUUGCCUACAAUUUAGUGGAUUUUAAUUAGGCCAUCUAGCUACUUAUGCUUUGGUAUCUGCUCUUCCCAAAGCCUUAACACACAUAAUAAUAUGCUGGUUAGUGUUUGUUUUGUUGCAUUCUUAAACCUUGAACUUUCCUUGUUUUUCUAGAGUUAUGUUUGAUCCUUUUCUUUAAAUGAUCAUGACGUGCCUUGGUGCUACCCCUUCUUGGUGUAUUCAAUCAAACACAAGUGUUAAUCUAAUACCAAAUUGGAUUAUUGCGGGGUAUGGUACAAGUACGUUAACCUCUCAAAGUAACUGUUGCCUCAUAGUGACAUUUCAGAUACACAAUGGUCUUACCUUAGUUAGCCUAGUUUGUUGAAGCAUUAUUGAACCUGUGAUUUAGGCUAGUUCACACAGGGUUUGAUUGGAAAUGCAUAUCUGUCAACAUUGCUUAUUUUAGUUUCUUAGUUACCUUUUUCUUUAUUUUAGUUGUUUAUGCUGCCAUCUCCUUUUUUAAAUGUUUAAAAUGUGUCUAAAUGGGGAAACCAUAAUUUACAAAACUAGAGAACCAGCAAUUUAUUCCCUGUUUGAGGUAGUAGUGUGGAUUUGGUCAUGCUAACUAUAGAUGGAGAGAGACCUGCUGUUCACUGUUUUCUUUCUUUUAUGUCUAUAUUAUCUACUCUUUCUAUUUAUGCAAAAUAAUGUAAGUGCACAACAUGUCAAAUAUUUUAUGCAAGAGUAAUUACUAAGUUCAAAUCGAUACACUUUCAGAAAGAUCUUCCAAUAUAUUUAGGCAUUAUGAAUGUAGUCGUUUCAAAAUGAACCUUGUCCUUGUUAGAUUUAAUGCCUUUUUAUUAAGCAGUAGGCUUUGACAAUAGCCUUACAAGUUGUGUAAAUCUCUACGUCUCUGAAUGUAAUCUACUCAAUGUUUCAUCGGCAACUAUGCCUUUGUGAAAUGUCAUAGCAAUAAGAAACAAUAUAAAUCAUAAACAUUUCUGAUUGUGCCUUCAGGGAUUUUACUCAUAAGACUUUGUGAUUACUGUAAAAUCUGGAUUCCUUAAGAUGGUUGCACCUUUUUAUGUUUGCUGGUGUUAAAUUCAGUGUAUGUGAACACUAUGUGAUAUUUUCAAUUGAAAUAAAGUACAGUAAAUCAUGAAA